AAUCAGAUGCGCCUUCUUAACGAGCUUUCCAACGUGAAGCAGCUGCUUGCUGCUUCAACUUCAAAGAAGUUCGUCGCGGCGCUACCUGGUGACUGCCCUGACCUUCCAGCAAAAGACUUCCAAGAGGUGUUGAGUUUGGAGAAGUACCUGGCUACAGAUAGCCAUAUGGAGCAGAUGGUGGAGUAUUACUCGAGAUAUGGCGGCACAGAUCCAGGCCAUGCUGUUCGUACCCUCCUGCAGAACCUCCUAUCAAAGGAAGCUGUCCUCAAGUUCAGCUGGAAGGGGUCGCAGGGAAGGAAACACGCCUUCUCCGAACUCACGGCCAUCGUGAACUUCAUGCUGACAUUGGUGAGGAGCAGCUUCCCAUCUGCUUCGCUUGAAGCAGUGAGCGGAACAACAAAACGCUGGCUAGUCGGGGCGGUUGACAGAGCCGGCGGCCGAAACGAGAGGCGACACCGGGGACCCGUUUAGGACCCACGUAAACGCCGCGUGCUACUCCCAAGACUCUGCAACAGUGCAGGCUAUAUGAUAAACAAAAAUAAAAGCA